CCUCCUUCCAGCCGUGGCCACUUAGCUUCCGGAGAGCUCGCCAGUUGCCUCCGCCGCCGCCUUGGAAUCUGGGGACCUGAGACACUGCGAGACCCGGUUUCCACCAGACCCCAGGGAGGACGCGCGGCUGCAGCGCCUGCCCCACCCGCCACACCUGGGAGCGGUGAGGACCGGGAGAGGAGGGGCGCGGCAAGAGGCUGGCCAGGAGCCCGAGCAGCUUCGCCGAAAGCCAGCCGGACUGGAGCAAGGCGGAGGGGGAGGGUCUCGGGGCAGAGUCCUGCUCCUCCGAGGGAGGGACCCCAGCUGGGGUGGAAAACAGCACAAACCAGCUGCAGAGACUCGGGGCGCGGAUCAUGGAGCGGGCCAGCCCAGGCCCCAGGGGGUCGCAGUUGCAGCGGGACCAGGAUUCGGUGGAAGCGUGGCUGGAUGAUCACUGGGACUUUACCUUCUCUUACUUUGUUAGGAAAGCCACCAGAGAAAUGGUCAAUGCCUGGUUUGCUGAGAGAGUCCACACCAUCCCUGUGUGCAAAGAAGGUAUCAGAAGCCACACAGAAUCUUGCUCUUGCCCCUCGCAGCAGAGUCCCCGUGCAGAUAGCAGUGCACCUGGAACACCAACCAGGAAAAUCUCUGCCUCCGAAUUUGACCGGCCUCUUAGACCCAUUGUUGUCAAGGAUUCUGAGGGAACCGUGAGCUUCCUCUCUGACUCAGAAAAGAAGGAACAGAUGCCUCUAACCCCCCCAAGGUUUGAUAAUGAUGAAGGGGACCAGUGCUCAAGACUCUUGGAAUUAGUGAAAGAUAUCUCUAGUCAUUUGGAUGUCACAGCCUUAUGUCACAAAAUUUUCUUGCAUAUUCAUGGACUUAUCUCUGCCGAUCGCUAUUCCCUGUUCCUUGUCUGUGAGGACAGCUCCAACGACAAGUUUCUUAUCAGCCGCCUGUUUGAUGUUGCAGAAGGUUCAACACUGGAAGAAGCUUCAAAUAACUGUAUCCGCUUAGAAUGGAACAAAGGCAUUGUGGGACAUGUGGCAGCAUUUGGUGAGCCCUUAAACAUCAAAGAUGCUUACGAGGAUCCUCGGUUCAAUGCAGAAGUUGACCAAAUUACAGGCUACAGGACACAAAGUAUUCUUUGUAUGCCGAUUAAGAAUCAUAGGGAAGAGGUUGUUGGUGUAGCCCAGGCCAUCAACAAGAGAUCGGGAAAUGGUGGGACAUUCACUGAAAAAGAUGAAAAGGACUUUGCUGCCUAUUUGGCAUUUUGUGGUAUUGUUCUUCAUAAUGCUCAACUCUAUGAGACUUCACUGCUGGAGAACAAGAGAAAUCAGGUGCUGCUUGACCUUGCUAGCUUAAUUUUUGAAGAACAGCAAUCAUUAGAAGUAAUUCUAAAGAAAAUAGCUGCCACUAUUAUCUCUUUCAUGCAGGUGCAGAAAUGCACCAUUUUCAUAGUGGAUGAAGAUUGCUCCGAUUCUUUUUCUAGUGUGUUUCACAUGGAGUGUGAAGAAUUAGAAAAAUCAUCAGAUACUUUAACAAGGGAGCGUGAUGCAAACAGAAUCAAUUACAUGUAUGCUCAGUAUGUAAAAAAUACUAUGGAACCACUUAAUAUCCCAGAUGUCAGUAAAGACAAAAGAUUUCCCUGGACAAAUGAAAACACAGGAAGCGUAAGUCAACAGUUCAUUAGAAGUUUGCUUUGUACGCCUAUAAAAAAUGGAAAGAAGAAUAAAGUGAUAGGGGUUUGCCAACUUGUAAAUAAGAUGGAGGAGAAUACUGGCAAGGUUAAGCCUUUCAACCGAAAUGACGAACAGUUUCUGGAGGCUUUCGUCAUCUUUUGUGGCUUGGGGAUCCAGAACACACAGAUGUAUGAAGCAGUGGAGAGAGCCAUGGCCAAGCAAAUGGUCACACUGGAGGUUCUGUCGUAUCACGCUUCAGCAGCAGAGGAAGAAACAAGAGAGCUCCAAUCCUUAGCGGCUGCUGUUGUACCAUCUGCUCAGACACUUAAAAUUACUGACUUCAGUUUCAGUGACUUUGAGCUGUCUGACCUAGAAACGGCACUGUGUACAAUUCGGAUGUUCACUGACCUCAACCUUGUGCAGAACUUCCAGAUGAAACAUGAGGUUCUUUGCAGGUGGAUUUUAAGUGUUAAGAAGAAUUACCGGAAGAAUGUUGCCUAUCAUAAUUGGAGACACGCCUUUAAUACAGCUCAGUGCAUGUUUGCUGCUCUAAAAGCAGGCAAGAUUCAGAACAAGCUGACCGACCUAGAGACACUCGCCCUGCUGAUUGCUGCUCUCAGCCACGACUUGGACCACCGUGGUGUGAAUAACUCUUACAUACAGCGAAGUGAACACCCACUUGCUCAGCUCUACUGCCAUUCGAUCAUGGAGCAUCAUCAUUUUGACCAGUGCCUGAUGAUUCUUAAUAGUCCAGGCAAUCAGAUUCUCAGUGGCCUCUCCAUCGAAGAAUAUAAGACCACGCUGAAAAUAAUCAAGCAAGCUAUUUUAGCUACAGACCUAGCGCUGUAUAUUAAGAGACGAGGAGAAUUUUUUGAACUUAUAAGAAAAAAUCAAUUCAACUUGGAAGAUCCUCAUCAAAAAGAGUUGUUUUUAGCGAUGCUGAUGACAGCUUGUGAUCUCUCUGCAAUUACAAAACCCUGGCCUAUUCAACAACGGAUAGCAGAACUUGUAGCAACUGAAUUUUUUGACCAAGGAGACAGAGAGAGAAAAGAACUCAACAUAGAGCCUGCUGACCUGAUGAACAGGGAGAAGAAAAACAAAAUCCCAAGUAUGCAAGUUGGGUUCAUAGAUGCCAUCUGCUUGCAACUAUAUGAGGCCUUGACCCACGUUUCUGAGGACUGUUUCCCUUUGCUGGAUGGCUGCAGGAAGAACAGGCAAAAAUGGCAGGCUCUUGCAGAACAGCAGGAGAAAAUGCUGAUUAAUGGGGAAAGCAGCCAGGCCAAGCGGAACUGAGUGGCCUAUUCAAGCAGAGUUGAAGUUUACAGAUGGUGUAUUCUGCAUAUGUCUAGUUUUGCCACACACUGUACAGAUUUAGUGUAUACUUUGCCACUGCUGUAUUUUUAUUUUUGCACAACUUUUAAGAACAUAGCAUGAAAUGUUUUUAGGGGACUAUUACAUAUUUUCUGUAUAUUUGUUUUAUGCCACUGAUCUGAGAUUAUCAAUGAUACCCACUCUUAGCACAUGGAUAAGAGCGCUGUUUGUGAUACUUUGUGUACUGCAAAGUGCAAGUUGAAUUCUUGCACUGAGAUUGUUUUGUUAUUCGUUGUUUUGGGGGUUUUGUUUUUUGUUUUUUGGGGUUUUUUGCUUGGGGAUUUUAAAUAAUUGUUUUUGUGUUUUCUGAAUUAUCAAUCUUGUAAAGAAUGUUUGGAAUCUUUUUUUUCUCAAAAAUAGGCUAGGAGAAAAUUGAAUGUAUUCUGUGACAUUGAAAACUUUCAAAAGAUAAAGUGUUGUUGGCUGAGUGGAUUUUAAGAUGAAAGGAUACUAUUUGUCAGCAAUGUUUUGCAUUAACAAAAAAAGCUAAAACUCUGAAACAGAUGGAAAGUACUAGAAGGCAGUAUUGUAAAGAAAAGGUAUUGUUUAAUAGAUUUGCUGUUUUUGUUAGUGAGCAGGAAGCAGGAAGGGGAGAACUCUUUCAUUUCACAUACAUUUUAUCCAGAGACUACCCAUAAAAUCUGACCCAUCUGAUGGAAAGCAGGGGAAACCAUAGGAGAAGACACUGAUUUCACUGACUUCACGGUCACUGACUUUACUGAGGGAUGAAUGUGAUCGAGAAAUGGAAUGGCCGUAUCUGUCAGUGAAGGGAAACAUUCUGUUGGAAGACUCUUAUGAGUCAGUGAGUGUUUUGAACAUUGAACUUCCUUUUUUAAAUAACUUGUUUUUCUUACAAACCAUAGUUUAUAAGUGAACAGUUUAAGUCUCAAGAGAAAAUUGAGAAAAAAAAAAGCGAUAACUGGAACACUGACCUGAGGUGAGAUAUGACUGCAGAUAAAAGGUAAAAUGAACCAUUAUUUUUCUUUGUCAAAGGAAGUAUAGAGAAUAGUUUUAAUUAUAUAAACAGCAAAGGGCCAUCCUUGAUAUCAGGGUCAAAAUUAAAUUGAGGGAGCACUGUAAGAUAAGAAAGCUUAGGCCUGAAUAAACUUAAGAGUAUUCAGUUUGCAGUUGAGAAACUGCCCAAUUUCAGUUUAUAGGACUAGUCAAUUAGAAUCACAGAAGUUUGGCUAUGUAUGCUAAUUGUUGACCCUGAGCUUAUAGUUGUUGGUAUUCACUUCAUUUAGCUUUUAGUACAUUUAGAAAAUGUUAACAUUGUCUUAGUUAGAUUUGAGUCCUUUUGAAUGGAUUCCCAUUGAACACAUGUGCCAUAAAUACACAUUUAUUCAGUACUGGAGAAGUAGAUAAUGAAUUGAACAACUGGUUCAAGAAAGGAAAAUCUGUUCCAAAUACGUGGAAAUGUUUGGACUGGGGCAGAGUAGGAAGAGAAAUAUUUGUCUGAAUUGUUAACCACCCCCCUUCCCAAAAAACAGGUUCUGAGUUUUUAGCUAUCACUAAAUUGGAUAGCAAAUCUCUUGGGGCCAUGGUUCAGCAUUCUGAAACACCUUUUUUUUUCUCUAAACUGCCUAAAAUUCAACUUAUUCAUUAAGUUUUUAAAAUUCUGAGUGUAUCUUACAUAAUGUGACUUACUUCUUACCAUACAGGUAAAAAAAAAAAAAAGGGCAAAACAAAUUGUAUUGCCAUUACUUUGUAGUGGUAAAGGCUAGUAUAGAAUGUUAUCAGCUGUUUGUUUCCAUAUGUAUUAUUGUUGUAAUACUUGUAUUUUCAGGAUGUUAUUCGAUUUUUAUUUGAUGUCAUAUAGGUGAGAUCUAUAAGAUUGCCUCUUGGUGGCACUGGUGUGUAAAUUACACAGGCUGUUACUAAAAUAACAUAUCUAUAUACUGGUAUCCCCCUAUGCAUGCAUACAUAAUUCCUUAGUAUAGAAAAAUUGUUUAAAGAAUAGCAGUCUUUAAUGACCUUUACAUCAUACACAUUGUGAUUUAGCAGUUAUGCUAAAAUCUGUAAUCAUAUACUUUAGUAGUUUGUUUAGCUCCAUCUAAUCUAUGCCACUGAGAUGUAUGGAGGUUUUGUAUGUGUGUCAUUUUAACAAGCAAGGAGAUAUAUUUAGAUUAGAAAUUGUUUGGUUUACCUUUAGACAGUGGUUUAUUUUACUUUACUAGUUUAGCAAUUAAAAGAAGUUGGGUAGUACCAUGCCUAUUUUGUUGUUGGAAGUUUUAGUUCUUCUAAGAAGAGUACUUCUUUAGGACCAGUUAUUUGGUGCAAAUAAUUUUUAAUUUUUAGGAAAAUCAUUCCAUACAUAGAUUAAUAUCUGGUACAGAGGCAAAAUCAAAGCUUUAGUUCUUACAUGAAUAUUUUUCCCAGUAUCUUCUCAAGUGGGAAUAUAUAUAUAUAUAUAUAUUAGUGGGAAUAUAUAUAUAUACAUACACAUAGUGGGAAUAUAUAUAUAUAUAUAUAUAUAUAUAUAUAUAGUCCUCCCUCAUCCUGCUGUAUAUUUCUGUUACCCAUAACUAGCAAGAAGUUAUUCUUUUUCUGGAUUAAAGUAGUUUUGUGAUAGUUAUAACUGAAUGACAUACCAUUUCAUUUCAAUUUUUAGCUCCAAAAGUCCCCACUAUUAUACUAAGUUGUUUAAAAAUCUCUAUAAAAUUGUCCGGCCUUCUAUUUUUCACAAGACUGACGCUUGCCAGUCGCAGUCCUGUGUGAACUUGUGUAAGUCACUUAACCUCUGUGUGCCUGAACACAUUGGGCUGUUAAAGGAGUUAUGUUUGGGUGAAGCCUUUGUCUUCAAGGAGAAUGUCACAGAGGGCAGCUACUGUGUAAGCCCUAGUGGGUCUUGGAGACCAGUGUCAGAAGUGGGAUAUUGGGCUACAGAGCAUGGUAUCUCAUUCCACAUGUCAUUUCCUGUUUUGAAGAUUGAAAACAAGACAAUACAUUUAUUUGGCUUCUCAUGUGCAUCACCAGUUACUGUGAGAUUUUGAGCACCUUGUCUCAAGGUACAAACUCUGGACAGUGGUGUUGUCACCACUGAUCUCUUAAUCAUAAAGAAUAGUUUCCUUCAAUAAGAGUACUGAGAUAAGAAAGUGUAUGAAAAUAUACUGGAAAUACUGGGUUCUGGGAGGAAACUGGUCACAGAUGUAUUCUUGCCUAGCAGUGGAAGUGCCUUUAUCUUUAGCAUAGAGCACAAAUGUUAGACCUACUCCAGUUUGACUUUCAGUUUUCCUGUGUUUUCCACCAGAUUUUACUCCUAACACUUUAUAGGUCAUCACAAGCAGUGCUCUUGUUUUGUUUUGCUUUGUUUUGUUUACAAGAGUGAUUUUAAGAAGAGAGGAGGAAAAGGUGUAAUUGCUGUCCUCUCCUGUGAACAACUGUAGUUAAAAUGAGGUGGUAUAAUUUAACAUCUCAGUAUUAGACAUGCAACAGUCCACCUUUUAUCGAGUCCCUGCGACAUGUCAGGCACUGUGUUCAGCCAAAGAGACAGAGCAAUGACCUCAAGGAGCUCACAGUCUGCAGGAAGUGCUGGAUAAGAGACUUACCAGCUUCUGAUCCUGCCAAUUGAACAUGAAAAUAUAGGGUACGUUAUAUCACUUUCAUUUUCAUCUAUAAAAUACAUAUUAUACAGUUUUCUGAGGACCUUCUCCCGCCCCGCCCCUGCACCCUCCCCCUCAAGGAUCUUCUUUACCUGGAACUUACUAAGAAUCUGUCUGUGAACAUCCUGCCUUCUAACAAGUAUGGAUGAUUUAGCCUGUUGAUAGCUUACAGAACACCUUAAGUAAGGAGUCAUGUAUUCUACUAUAUAGGUUUUUUUCCCAUUUGCUAGCCAGGUAGAGCUUACUCAGAGUUCUCUUAGAUUGUUAAAUUGUGCACAGUUUUGGACCCCUUCUGCUCCACCACAGGGAGCAAGGAAGAAAGUAUUAAAGCUCACUUGGCCCUUCCAUAUGCUUCUCAAAAGCCUGUGUAAACAUGUCUUAAUAAAUGUCAUUGAAAGCAGUGUAAAUAGUUGAAAAUAUAAAUUUCUAUUACGGUUUAAGAAAAGAAAACCUUAUGGAUCAUCACUAGCCACUGUUAAUAUCUAUUUGUAUUCUUAUACCUUUUUCAAUAUAUUUGAACAAAUAUAUAGUUUCUGGCACUAUUUUUGUACUAGGAUAAAGGAGUUACUGUGUAUAUUAUGUUUAGCUUUAAAGUCCUUUUAAAUAAUUGUGAGUGUUGAUUUCUUGUCUUUCCUCUCCCCACCAUGAGAACCAUGUCAGAUGACUCUUCCAUGACAAAAUCACUUUAAAGGAACACUUCCCUACCUGUGAUCUCUAUAAAAUCAAGAGAUGGUCAGAGUGAUCUUCUGUUGUGCAAACUCUUCACCUGUCAGUUGUUUACUCAUUUUGCUAUGCUUUGUAAGAAUAAAAAGAAGAAUGAAUAAGUA